UGCUCGUUGCAGCCCCGUGAUGUAACGCUGCGUGCGUACUGCUAUGCCGAGGCAUAUUGAUACCGGCGGCACGAGAAUAGCAACAGCAGAAGUAGCGAUCACUGCGAACGUGGUGUGCGCACAAGCGUCAUGAAAAAUAUUGUCUGAAAACCGCGAUCGGCUGAAAGGAGCGAUACGAUUUCCCCCGGUGAUGCACUGACACCUGUCUCGUAUGCUGUAUCGUCGAUAAUAAUGUAAUGACGACGACGACAAGGAGGACGAUGUCACGCGACGAUCGCCAACAGUGAAAUCGGCGACGCAGACGACGACGACGACGACGACGACGACGACGACAGCGGUGAUGACGCCGAUGACGCCGCGAAUGCAGAACAACGACCGUGCACAACGUGGAAUUGUCGCAGCUUGAACUGUGCAGCGUACGCCGUCGUGCAUUGCGCGUUGAAUUCUUCAAACUUCACCGCAUUUUUCUCCCCUUUAUUUCGCGAUCGGGAUCGCCGUCGAGACGCCGGACGAAGCAGUCCCGGGCGCAAUGGCAGCUCACAAAACGGGCGGGCAGAGUACCCGUAAAAAAGUACAGGUAUCUAUGGUUAUAAGAGAUGAGAUAGAGAAGCAGCACAGGGCUGGUGUUAAUUCCUUGCAGUAUGAUCCAGUUCUACAUAGGCUAUAUUCUGCUGGCAGAGACAGUAUCAUAAGGAUAUGGAAUUGCAGAAACAUGAAAGAACCAUAUAUUCAAUCCAUGGAACAUCAUACAGAUUGGGUUAACGAUAUAGUCUUAUGUUGUAAUGGCAAAAAUCUUAUAUCAGCAAGUUCCGAUACAACUGUCAAGGUAUGGAAUGCACAUAAAGGUUUUUGCAUGUCAACACUGCGUACGCACAAAGAUUAUGUCAAAGCAUUAGCUUAUGCUAAGGAUAGAGAGCAAGUUGCUAGUGCGGGUCUAGAUAAAUCAAUAUUUCUGUGGGAUGUUAAUACAUUGACUGCUCUUACUGCAAGUAACAAUACAGUUACGACGUCGUCUCUGAGCGGAAAUAGGGACUCUAUAUACAGCCUCGCCAUGAAUCAGAUUGGCACGGUUAUCGUAAGCGGCAGCACAGAAAAGGUGCUUCGAGUGUGGGAUCCACGAUUCUGUACUAAACUUAUGAAACUUCGUGGUCAUACGGACAAUAUUAAAGCAUUAGUCCUAAACAGGGAUGGUACACAGUGCUUGUCAGCGAGUUCCGAUGGAACUAUCAAAUUGUGGUCACUUGGCCAACAGAGAUGCGUGCAAACAUUUAGAGUUCACAAAGAAGGUGUAUGGGCUUUAUUGGCAACAGAUAAUUUUAGCCAUGUAAUAUCUGGAGGUAGGGAUAAAAGAGUAGUAAUGACAGAAUUAAGCUACACAGAAAGGUAUACUGUUAUCUGCGAGGAGAAAGCACCUAUAUUGAAAAUGGCUAUGACGCCAGAUCAAUCUAGUAUUUGGGUUGCGACUAGCGAAUCGACUAUUAAUAACUGGCCAAUAAGCCAAAAAGAUUGGCAAGAGUUAGGAAUAGGAGACUAUUGCGAUUCCGCGAGUAAUGUGUCAGGCAACAUUUUAAAGAACACCGAGCCUGCGCAAAAAAUACUAGGCGGUCCUGCCAUAAGACAUUAUCAUAUAUUAAACGACAAAAGACACGUUUUGACAAAGGAUACGGAAGAAAACGUUGCAUUAUAUGAUGUAUUAAAGGCAUGUAAAGUAGAAGAUUUAGGCAGAGUUGAUUUCGAGCAAGAAUGUAAAACGAGAAACAAAAUGGUGUACGUUCCAAAUUGGUUUAACGUCGAUCUCAAAACGGGGAUGUUAACUAUACAUUUAGGGCAAGAUGAAAAUGACUGUUUCUCCGCUUGGGUUUCCGCCAAAGAAACAGGUCUAGCGGAAAAUGAUGCUGUAGACCAGAAAGUGAAUUAUGGCAAUCUUCUGCUGCAAGCAUUACUCGAAUACUGGUGGAGGCCGUUACAUGCUGAUGAUGAAAAUGAAGGCAAUGGCAAUGAUGGAAACGGUCCUAUACAUACAAGAGGAGGAAAUCCGUACUUCUCAGUACCUAGUCAUACACCUGUCAUUUUCAGUGAAGUGGGAGGUAGAACCAUCUAUCGACUAUUAGUUCGAGACGCCGCAGGGGAAACCGAAGGAGUUUUACUGAACGAGACUGUACCGCCAUGGGUAGUGAAUAUUGUCGUAGAUAAGAAUCUCCCGCAAUUCAUUAAAAUACCUUUCUAUCUUCUUCCACACGCUUCUUCGGGUGUAAAAAGUUUGAAAAAGGAUCGACUGAUAGCAAAUGAUUUUAUACAAGUGCGUAAAGUAGCCGAACAUGUUUACGACAAAGUGCUCGGUGCAGGAAGCGACUCGGGUUCGGUGGCUGGUGGUGGGAAUACAGUCUCCAGUGGAUCUCCGGCAGGCGACAGGACAAAUACAGAUUCCAAUGCUGAUAAUUCUUCGCUGGCUGAGGAAAAAGUUGAACUUUUGUGUAAUGAUCAAAUCUUGGAUCCUUCGAUGGAUUUGAGAACAGUUAGACAUUUCAUCUGGAAAAGUUCAGCAGAUUUGACACUUCAUUAUCGCCCUGUUAAAUAGUUAGGAUUAUCUACAUUGCAUCGUGAACCUUUACAGUGUGCCUGGUUUUAUACCAUGAAUAGUGGAAGAUACAUGGGCUACUUUCAGAAUAUGGUACCUUGUGCCACUUUCUUUUUAGGAAAUGAUCACCUGGAUUUAACGAAUGUUUCAUGUGACGUUGAAGCAGAAGCGAAAGAAAGUGAAGCGUAUUUGGAAUAUUAGAACAUAAGGCAGAGUUCAUAAGGCAAUAAUGUGUGGAAGUAUUAAUGUAAAUUGCUCACUUUUAUACACUUGCAUCCUGCGGCCAAAUUCAUACAAUGGAGCAUUAUACUCUUGAUUAAUCUGCUUGAAAAUAUCAUGCUUUUUGUACCUGGAUAUAGAAUUUAAAGUGCUUGUUGUCAACCAUAUAGUCUUCCCACUUCAAAAGUAUCGAUAAGAGUGCAUGGCACAAAUGCAAGAAAGAAACAGAGGGAUAGACCACAUGGUCGAGAAAAUUGUUGGUUUCGUUUGGUCUAAUGGAUUCAGGUGAUCCUUACAAAUGCUUCUCAAAUUUCCUUUAUUAAUUUUAUUUUAGCUCUAUUUCAUGAUUAGUACAUGAGAUGUCUUCUUUUAGUAUUAUAAUAAGAGUAUUGAAUAUUUAUUGAAAGUAUAAGAAAAGUUAUACAAUGUGUUUUGUUACAUGCAUGCAAAAAAUAUGUACUCCACACCUGCCUUGUUAUAUUAGAAAGCGAAAAAA